UGUAGAAGCGCUUUGAUCGCGUCCGACGUGCGUUUAACGAGUUGAAAGAAGACUAGAGUAGGAACAUCUUUUAAUAUGUGAACUUUUUUUCGCCGUUUAAAUCGCUUUUCUUCUAUGAACUCUGGACUUGGGAAGUCAUUGUUUGAGGCAGCAGCACAUUUGUGUGAAUUAGCGGCUCCAAAAAGGAACCAUAUCUGGUCAAAGUAUUCAGCUGUCAGAUGCGCUAUAUAUAGUCUGGGAUAAGCGCUGACUGAACCAGGUCCUGUGGUCACGGGCUCAACUGUUCCUGUCAGUCUGCCCUUUCUUUUUCUGUCUCUUUCUUCCCUUUAUCUUGUUCAUCAUGUUCCAUAAGGAGAUGGAGAAGUACAGGGAUGUGGAUGAGGAUGAGCUCCUGCAGAAACUCAGUGAGGAAGAGCUCAGGAGACUCGAAGAUGAACUUGAAGAGCUCGAUCCUGAUAAUGCUUUGCUGCCAGCGGCAUUCAGACAGAGGGAUCAAACCAAGAAAGCCCCAACUGGAACGUUCCAGAGAGAUAACCUGAUAGCUCACCUGGAGAAACAGGCUAAGGAACAUCCAGACCGGGAUGAUCUUGUUCCCUACACUGGCGAGAAGAGAGGAAAUGUUUGGGUACCUAAAACAAAAGUUGUUGAUCCUAUCCUGGAAGACGUCACUCUGGAGCCUGAACUAGAGGAGGCGUUAUCUAGUGCCACUGACGCAGAACUGUGUGAUAUAGCUGCUAUUUUGGGCAUGCACACACUGAUGAGUAAUCAACAGUAUUAUGGAGCAUUGGCCAGCAGCACUAUCAUCAACAAACAAGGUUUAAACAGUGUAAUCCAGUGUACUCAGUAUAAGCAAGUGCCAGAUGAGGAACCCAAUGACACAGAUGUAGAAGAAACACUGCAGAGGAUCAAAAGCAACGAUCCUGAUCUGCUUGAAAUUAACUUAAACAACAUCAAGAAUAUUCCAAUCCCAACUUUGAACGCAUAUGCUGAAGCUCUUAAAGAAAACAGUGUUGUGGAACGCUUGAGCAUUGUUGGCACCAGAAGUAACGAUCCUGUAGCCUAUGCACUAGCAGACAUGCUGAAAGUGAACACCACUCUGAAGAGUCUAAACGUAGAGUCAAACUUCAUUACUGGAGCUGGAAUUCUGGCACUCGUGGAAUCCUUAAAGAGCAACACUACACUACAGGAACUCAAGAUUGACAACCAGAGUCAGCCACUGGGUAAUAAGGUGGAGAUGGAGAUAGCUAACAUUUUGGAGAUGAACACCACUCUGCUGAAGUUUGGGUACCACUUCACCCAGCAGGGCCCACGUUUGCGAGGAUCUAAUGCUGUGAUGAACAACAACGACCUUGCCCGUGUAGUUCGGUCGGACACAGAUGGUGCAAUAACGUUCACUCUGUCAGUCCCUGAGCUGGAAAGAGCCUUCUGUAAAAAGUUCAAGUUUACAUCAAAACCCAAUAAGAAAGAGAAGGCUUGAAGGAGGCCCCAUCUUCCCUAAAUGUCGGACAAACGUGUAGCAGCGGGAACCCUCUGUGACCUGGGGCCUGCACCAGCCUACAUCACAUCUUAACCCAUAUCCUCCCACCAGUUCUUUCUGUCUUUCGUAGAUAAAUUAAGUCGGGUUCACACUGUAUGAUUUUGGCCACAAUUUUGCCAUCUGAAAUAAAUUUUGGGGAUUCUUUGAUCGCUUAGUGUGACAUAUUCAGUGACCUCCAAUUUGCCAUUGCAAUGAAUUUGACCCUACAACGAUGUUCUGGCAGCAUCAGAAAUAUUGUACCAUGGCUUUAACCCAAGAGCUUACUGCGAUCAUUUCGUACAGACUGACAUGCGACAAUCGUAAAUGACCAUAAGUGUUCGUGCAGUGUGCACUUGGCUUUUAAAGUUUUAACAUCUAAUGAAAAUGUCCCGAAAUCAAUUCGGAAUGUGAUUUCUUUUUAAAACUCCAGAUCUGGUAACGUCAAGGUACCACCCUCUUUUUAACUGUCACAUGGUUACUCAUGGCAGUGUUUUAAAAGUUGUUUAAAUGUCCUGCCAUAACAUUAAUAGGGAAAAUCAUCUACUUGUGUUGAGUGAAGAUGCAGUGAAGAUGAAAAUUUGGCUCAAUUUAUCAAACGUUUCUCUGCUGACUAUUCUUACUGUGAACAGUUUGACCUUAAAGGGAUAGUUCACCCAAAAAUGUAAAUUCUCUCAUUAUUAACUCACCUUCAUACCAUCCCAGAUGUAUGACUAUCUUCUGCUGAACACAAAGAUUUUUAGAAGAAAAUCUCAACUCUCUAGGUCCUUUCAAUGCAAGUGAAUGGUGACCAGAACUGUCAAGCUCCAAAAAUCACAUAAAGCUGCCUAAAAGUAAUCCAUACAACUCCAGUGUUUAAACCCGUAUCUUCAGAAGCGAUAUAAUAGGUGUGACUGAGAAACAGAUAAGUAUUUAAGUACUUUUUAUUUAUUUAUUUAUUUUUUUACUAUAAAUCUCUACUUUCACUUUCACAUUCUGAAAGUGAAAGUGUGGAUUUAUAGUAAAAAAGGAUUGAAAUAUGAAUCUGUUUCUCACCCAAAGUAAUUGCAUUGCUUAAGAAGACAUAUUAAACCCCUGUAGUCAUAUGGAUUACUUUUAUGUGGACUUUGUGAUUUUUGGAGCUUGAAAGGUCCGGUCACCAUUCACUUGCAUUGUAUGGACCUACAGGUGUGAAAUAUUCUUUUAAAAAUCUUUGUGUUCAGCAGAAGAGAGAAAGUCUGGGAUGGCAUGAAGGUGAGUUAAUGAUGAGAUAAUUUCAUUUUGGGGUGAACUAUCCCUUUUAAAGCCUGCUGUUUUGCUGUGUUUGGAAGUCUUUUGUUUUUAGUUUUACUGUAUUGUUAACCUUAGACCUUAGCUUCUCUAUGCACACCAAAAACAUAUUUCAAUACCUAUUUCUAUACGUAUAACAUAAUUCAAACUUGACUGAUUGUGGCUGUUUUUUUUUUUUUUUUCAAUUUGGCCAAUUUGGGUGUCACUGUAGUUGCAGUAUCUCUCUCUCACUCACUCACUCUCUCACACACACCCCAUCUAAGCAUGUUGUUAAUGUGUGAUUUUUGGGAUAUGCUGCAAGUUUCUAUUUUUUAAAUGUGUGUCUUUAUAACUGGUCAAUUUUAGAAUGUAUUAAAUUGUUAGUCACAUUUAUAGGUUACCUAAUACCAGUGCAAAUUCCUCACACCAUUUAUUUGCACCACUCUGAUAUAUUUAUGCGAUUAUUUAUUGUAGUGCAUUUUAUGUUCCUUGUUUGAGAAGGAUUUAUUUAUGCUGAGGACAAGCUUUAUUUCAUUAUGUACAGUUAGAAAUAAUGUGCUACUCUACCAUUAAUACUUCCCAUAUAAAUAAAUGUGAUUGAUUGCAUAUUCCAUCUUCCUAAUAUAUAGAGAAUGUGGUAUACAUAUCAAUCACAUUCAUUUUAAUGAGGAAGAUCUUCCUUAGUAAAAACUUUCUUAACACUGAGUAAGGAUCUUAUAAUAUGAAUCAUAAAACUAUAUGUUUUGCUAUUGUGUUGCUUAUGCCUGUUCAUUAAGCAAGCCUACCAACAAUAACAUUCUGGUCUAUGCAUUGAUUUGGCAGGAUGUGUGUGUAAAUGUAUGAUCAGGCCUUACUCCUUUUUGUUAUUUUACCAACCAUGUUUCCUACAUAAAGAACAUUUAUAUAACUAUUAGAGUAGCGGCUUGUCCAAAAUAAAAAGGGACUUUUAACUGAGAUUCACUGUUGAUUGUGUAACUGUGUCCAAGAGUAGACUAGUAGAGUUUUGUGUCUUGGAAACAGACCCAUAAUAAUCGCCAUAGAGUGCCUGGGCUUGUGCGCAUAUGUACAUUUUGUUAGCGCACCUAACAAACUGAGGUAAUAAAGUUUACAAAAGUUGUGUGGAAUUAUUGCCCUCUGCAGAUUUUUUUUUUUUUUUUUUCUCUCCAACUGUAUGGACCAUUUUCAUACUUGUGCAUGGUUUUCAGAAAUAAUAUGUUUGGACUGUUCAUAAGAGUAAAUGCUGUCUAGAUACCAACAGUGCCACUUUGUGGUCUUGCAUAUUAAUAAUGGCUGCACUUUUAAAUGAGAAAAAUCUGUAGGCUUCAUUAAGAGACAGCACAACUCCUUUUGUAGCUUUGUGAUAAGUAUGUCUUUUUGUGUAGUGUUUUUUUUUUUUUUUAAGAAAUCCUUGCUAUUCAACAUCUAAGAUGUGGACAAAUAAAUAUAUAUUACUGUGUAUUUUUAAAUAUAUUAAUGUUUCAUAUGUAUAUAUUUAAUAAAAAAUACAUAUGUUUUCAAUA